AUGGCUUCAAAGGAGUUCGUAGAGUUUUACAACCUGAGGAUCUGGGAGGACGACGAUAUUCAGGAAGCCAGGCCGAGCGGGAUAAGUAAUAACGUCAGUACCAACUUCGAGGACACUCACAACGGCAGUGGCUACGACAGUGGCUUCAGUGGCAAUUUUAGAAAUCACGACGGCGGUUACAACACCUUUGACAACGAGUAUGGAGGCCAACACGGCUGCUUCAACGGUGACGAUGGGCGCUUCGAUACUCACUACACUGGCUUUCGUGACCAAAACUGCGGAUAUGCUGGUAGCCACACAGGAUGUGGUAGUUUGAUGGCGGCUACAGCUAUGAGGAUGUACAGUGCGAUACCUACGACGAGUCCAGCGAUGAUUAUUAUGGUAACGACGACUACUGACAGUACAUUGGAAGCCUCGUAGAUCUCGAAAACACACAACAAGUACAAGAAACAAGAGCCAG